AACUACGACAUCAUCAUCAUCAACAACAACUACGACAUCAUCAUCAGCAACAACUGACACUACAAGCACUACAUCAGCAUCGACAACCACUGUUAGUACGACUACAACAUCGACAACAACUGGCACUACAAGCACUACAUCAGCAACGACAACCACUGCAAGUACGACUACUACAUCAACAACAACAACUACCAGCACAACUGCUACACCCAUUCUUACUAUAGCAACGUCUACAGGCCCUUGGUAUGGUUAUGAAAGAGUCACCAUUAGUUGUUUGGCCACUUGGACGAACGUUACUAUUCAGAUCAUUACAAAAAAGGCCGGUGGUGCAACAUAUCAUGAUAGUUAUAAUACAUUUCCAGGAGGGACAGUAAAUCCUUCGCACAGUAGUGAUACUACACAGAUAAUAUAUACAUGGAAUAUUGUUAGUGGACAAAAUGUUAACUGUUGGAGUGCUUCCUAUAGUGCUACCGCCGAGUUUGAUUUGGGUGCAACAUUGAAAACAACCAGUGAUGAUACCUAUGCGGUGACAAUAACAACGAUUGCCGGAGUGACCAGUACAUAUACGGGAAAUUUUUGA